AUGAUGUCAAUGAAGAAUAGAAAUUCAACCUCUGACUUUAUCCUCCUGGGGCUCCUGCUCAACAGUAAAUUUACAGGGAUUGUCUUUGCAGUUAUUUUGGCUAUUUUUGUGGUGGCUGUAACUGCAAAUCUGGUCAUGAUAUUCUUGAUUCACAUGGACUCCCAUCUCAAUACCCCCAUGUACUUUCUGCUCAGCCAACUGUCUAUCAUGGACACCCUUUUCAUUUGUACUACUGUCCCAAAGCUUCUAGUCAACUUAGUUUCUAAUGAGAAGACCAUUUCCUUUGUGGCCUGCGGCAUCCAGCUCUUCCUCUACUUGACCAUGAUGGGAUCAGAGUUCUUCCUGUUGGGCCUCAUGGCCUAUGACCGCUAUGUGGCUGUCUGCAACCCUCUUAGGUACCCAGUGUUGAUGAACCGCAGAAUGUGUCUUCUUCUGGCUGCUGGUGCCUGGUUUGGUGGAUCCCUGGAUGGCUUUCUGCUCACCCCUAUCACCAUGAAUGUCCCCUACUGUGGAUCCCACAGGAUUGAUCACUUCUUCUGUGAGAUCCCUGCAGUUCUCAGAUUGGCUUGUGCUGAUACAUCCUUGUAUGAAAACUUAAUGUACAUCUGCUGUGUGCUCAUGUUGCUCAUCCCCAUCUCUAUUAUCUCAACCUCCUACUCCCUCAUUUUGUUAACUGUCCACCGCAUGCGCUCUGCUGAGGGCCGGAAAAAGGCCUUUACCACUUGUUCUUCCCACUUGACUGUAGUCAGCAUUUUCUAUGGGGCUGCCUUCUACACUUAUGUGCUGCCCAAGUCAUUUCACACCCCUGAGCAAGACAAGGUAGUAUCAGCCUUCUAUACCAUUGUCACACCCAUGCUCAAUCCUCUUAUCUACAGCCUCAGAAACAAGGAUACAAUUUCCAUAAGCAGGGAAGCACGUGGCACAGUACAAACCUGGACGCUUGUUAAUCCUGAUAAUGACCUGGGGAAAACAUAUCCCUCCGGGAGUAACACGCAGAUAAAUCUAUGUUCAGCUUCUGUUGUGUGCCAUGUAGGCUGGUCUACCAAGGACCUGCUGUUCCAUGCUGA